AUGCAGACACUCUUUUUAUCCCAACCCAAGACAACAUCAGCAGAGGGUAUUACGCCUUACCAGCUUCCCAUGUUUCAACCGGUUAUUGAAAAGCCCAAACUUAAAUACAAAAAGUACGAAGAUCUUAUGGAACUUUUGCAAUUCGUCCUACCAACAUACCAUGAAUUUUACCUAAGUCCACCUCCCGAAACAAAGACUGGAAAGCCUUUAGCUACAGAUGCUUUUGUAGGCAAUGAAAAUGAUGAUAAUCACUUUGUUAACAACAUUUAUGACACAGAUGACAGCAAUUAA